AUGGGCAUUUAUAAGUCUGAGUUGGCCAUGGAGAGCCCAUCUAGCCAUGCAUUUCAUUUGGAUGAAAGAAAAGAUAAUCUGUUAGUUGAGAGCAAUGAUGACCAUGGUUAUCUUGUCGAAGAGCUCACAAGAGCCAUGUGUACUUAUGUUUCCCAAGAUGACAAAUGUUUUAGGCAAUCUAAUGGAGAUCAACCAUCAAGCGACAAUGCUAUUGAGCCACAGAUUGGCACGGAAUUCAACUCCAGAGAUGAUGCUAGAGACUUUUACAUGGCAUAUGGCAGGCGGACAGGCUUUACCAUUCGCAUUCAUCAUAAUCGGCGGUCUCGGAUCAAUAAUAUGGUUAUUGGACAGGAUUUUGUCUGCUCGAAAGAAGGUUUUCAUGAGAAAAAAUAUAUUCACAGGAAAAAUAGAGUUCUUCCUCCGCCACCAGUAACUCGAGAAGGCUGUCCUGCCAUACUGAGAGUAGCUUUAAGGGAUGGAACCAAGUGGGUUGUCACAAAAUUUGUAAAAGAGCAUAAUCAUGCAUUAAUGUCCCCAAGUAAAGUUCCAUGGAGAGGAUCCACAAAAAAAUUGGUCAGUGAGGAUGAGAAGGAUCAAAGAAUUCGAGAGCUGACGAUUGAACUUUAUAAUGAGAGGCAGCGAUGGAAGCGUCGUUGCACAGCUUACCAAGAACAACUGCAGACACUGUUGAAAUUCAUUGAGGAUCACACUGAUCAUUUAUCGAGAAGCGUUGAAGAAGCAGUCCAGCGAGUGAAAGAGCUUGAUAAUGAACAGCUAGAGGAUUCAGAUUAG